CCCAUGAAACAAGCUGGAAUAUUCGCGCAGUCUGUGUGCGCUACCCCAAUCGGAAGGAUUUAAUUUGGAAAAGCACCGACAUCACGGAUGGAAGCCUAGGUUAUUCCCUGCAGACAGCAUUCGCCAUUUGACGUCUCAGAUGGCUUUUAUGUCGAGAUUCUCCCGGUCCAGGAGCAACUCUAGAUCACCGAAUCGGAAGGAUGCGGAGAAAGGGUCUCCAAUGCUCACAGUCAGCGAGCUGGAGAGGCUGCUGUACACUGGGAAAACAGCCUGUAACCAUGCCGAUGAAGUGUGGCCAAACCUCUAUAUCGGUGACCAGGAGAUCGCUGCAGAUCGCCGGGAGUUGGCGAAGCUUGGCGUUACCCACAUCCUGAACUGUGCCCAGAGCAAGUGGAGAGGGGGCGCGGAGUACUACGCUGGCAUGAACAUCACCUACCAGGGCAUCGAGGCUCACGACUCGCCCUCGUUUGACAUGAGCGUAAACUUCUAUCCCGCCUCGGAGUUCAUCCACAAAGCACUCAGCAAUGGAGGGAAGGUCCUUGUGCACUGUGCAGUCGGCGUCAGUAGAUCGGCCACACUUGUGCUGGCUUACCUGAUGAUCCGGCAGAACAUGACCCUGGUGGAGGCCAUCAAGACGGUGAAGGACCACCGCGGCGUCAUCCCCAACCGAGGCUUUCUGCGGCAGCUCAACGGCCUGGAUGGGAUCCUACGCACCAGUCGCAGUGGGCUGUAAGC